AUGUCCGUUGUGAAUGACGAUUUUAAACCAUUACUCAUAGAAUGGGUUGAAGAAGAAGCCAUAAAUGCUACGAGAAGAGGAUCAAAAAUGGUCGAUCUAUAUAACAAAAUUUUAUUUCAACUACGACAAUACCAACUUCCCAUAUGUGAUUUGAAAACAUUGAAACUGAUCAAAUACGUAGGUGAUAAAACUGCAAAUCAAUUAAGAAAGAGGAUUGCUAAACAUUGUAAAGAAAAGGAAUUGACAUUACCUCGAGGGUUUAUGGAUGUCGCAGAAAAGCAUCGUUUAGACUUGGAAGAAUCCAACCUUUCACUGUCAACUUCAACCACUAAAAAUACAAACAAACGAGCUAAAGCUUCUGGCAAUAGUAAAUCAAAAUAUGUUCCCAAACAUAGAUCAGGAGGGUUUGCCAUAUUAAUUGCAUUGUAUCUUUAUGAUAAAGACCGAAACGGAAUGACCAAAGAACGAAUAAUUGCCGGAGCCACCCCGUAUUGUGAUCGUUCAUUCAGUAACAAUGCCGCUUCCAAGGAAUUUUAUUCUGCAUGGAGCUCUACUAAAACAUUAGAGAACCAUAAUUUGAUUUCAACCACUGGAAGAUCCCCCAAAAUUUAUUUUUUGACUGACGAAGGGGUAUCGUUGGCACAACAAUUGAAGACUGCUAUUGGGCUAUCAUCCCCUGCUCAAGGUAAUAAUAUGGAUGAUAGAAAUUUGAUAAUAGAGCAGUCAUUUGAUAAUGGAGUUCGACUUGAUACAAGUUUUGAAUUAUCAUCACCAGCAGGGCGUGCAAUGUUGAGUAGUUCGCCAAUAAGGAGAAUAAGCAAUCCUGCUCACAGUAAUAGAACCAUUCAAAAGAUAUUAGAAAAGGAAUUACGAAGUAGUGAACCCCUGCCAUCCCUGCAACAUGAUGCUGGUAAUAGAAUUUAUGAUGGCAUCAAGUAUGAAGUCUGGAGAAAGGAAGAUUAUGAAGUAAUAGUCUAUAUGGACAACCGGGAAAUUAGAUCACGAGCUGACAGAGACCAUUUUCAAAACAGAUUACAAACACUUGGAGUCAAAUGUGAGGUCAAACCAUUAUCUUCGGGAGAUGUAUUAUGGGUUGGUAGAAACACAAGCACAGGCACUGAAGCUGUAUUGAAUUAUCUUUGUGAAAGGAAGAGACUUGACGAUUUAUAUGAUUCAAUAAAAGAUGGACGGUUCCAGGAGCAAAAGAAUAGAAUGAAGAAAACCGGUCUCAAGCAUUGUUAUUAUCUUGUUGAAGAUAUGGUUAGUUAUCAAGACAAAGUAUCUAACUUGAUGGAUAGCAUACAAUCUUCCUUAACCCAAACAAUGACCACAGCAAGAUUAUAUUUGAGACGGUUUAAAGAUAUUGAUGAAACAACAGCAUUUAUUGCCUCUAACACUAAAGUAAUUGAAACCUUUAAAUCAGACUUGAUUGUCAUCAAGCCUCAAGAUAUCAAAAACCAACAAGAUUAUUUAGAUAUCCUUUUAAAAUUUAGAAACAAGUUUGAAAAAACACAACCCCACCAAGAUAAACCAGACUAUGAAUGUGUUCAAUUGUUUUCACGCUUUCAAGAUAUGUUGGGUAAAACAAACCAAAUGACUGUAAAGGAAAUGUUUAUAUUGAUGUUGAUGACAAUUAGAGGAGUAUCUUUAGAAAAGGCAGUGGUCAUACAAAAUCGAUUCCCAACACCAAAGAGUUUACUUGAGUAUUAUCAUACAGAGCAUGCUACUACCGAAGCGAAUGUUAAAAGAGACUUGAUGAUGAACGAGUUUAAAGAUCAAAUUGGUAAUAAAAAAAUUGGUAAAGCUUUACUGGAAAAGAUUUAUAAUGUUUGGGGCAAACCUUGA